CUCUUGGAUAAUUCACAAGAAGUUUGUAAAAAUAGACUUGCAGCUUUUGCCCAGUCUGCUGCUUCAUGAGGUUAUCACUGCCCCAUCCUCCAACACUAUAACCACAGACUGUGAGUGUGGAAAGAUCAGUCGCACAGUAAAGUUAGUGAGAAGAGGAGCAGGAUGAGCCUAAAGACUCAGAACCUGGAUGAUCCAAUUACAGUCACUGAUUUAUUACUGGACAAGCAGCAGGCACAGUCGGAGGCAACACAUGAAGAAGACUAUGAAGGACAAACAAGACACACGGACAGCAGACAGACUCAAUCCCAUAGUGAUAGAGAGACUUUACCGAAACAUAAAAAGAUUAUCGGGAUCGUGGCUGGAGUCCUAGUUAUUGGUUUAAUAGUUGUAGUUCCGAUUGCUGUGAAUUCCUCCAGAACCGGAAACCCAGUAUCAAGCGGCCUAUCUACUAAUAUUUUGGGAAAUCAAUCAGCAGAUUCUAGUUUAUCUCCCGAAGAACCUGAUUGGAAGUCGUGCAAUGGAGUAAAUGUUAAUAUUUCCAACCAAGAAUUGUCCUUUAAAGGCAGCCAAGAUCACUGUGCCAAGUACCAGGCCCGACUGCUGGAUAUGAACUCUGCCAAGACCAUACAGGACUGUAUCAUGGACAAUGACGACUACUGGAUUGGACAGGACUGUGAUUUAACCAUGGAUUUAACCUGUAAAGUUUUCAGCAACGAGUCUGGAUUUGUGUCACUUCAUCACAGCACAGAGAGACGGUUCAUUUGCAUUAAAAAUGCAUAAUGGCAUUAGAAGGAGAGAUUGAUUCUCAAGGACACAGAUAUCUUCAUUGAUCUUGAAAAACUCCUCAACGAAUGUCUUACUUGUUACCUCUUUUAUUGUGUUUCCUAUUUUGUUUUAUACAGGAAAUUUCAGAAACUUUCAGCCGUUUGCCAUCAUGUAUAAUUAAUUGUAUUAAACCCAAACACAUGGGGGGGGGGGGCUGGGAUAUUUGUAAAUAGGUGCAUUCCAAUAAUAUUAAAAGCAAUUUUCUACAUCCAGUAUCUCUCUUGUAGCCAUUAUUGUAGCCAUCCGUUCUACUCCCCAUGCUUGUUGAGUCCAUGUUAACCUUUUCCAAAUACAACACACAACCAGGAGAGGAAUUUUCUCUCAUAAUUUAUGUAAAAUAUAUUAAAAAUAAUCAACUUUGUCCAGUAUAGAAGUGUUGGAGGGGGGUAAAAUGGAUUAUUUAAAUAAAUUGUUUAUAUAAAUUAUUUAACUAAAGUGUUACUGUUCCUUUAACAUUGUAUUUCUUUUCUCACUGAUCUACGCCUUUAUAGUUACGCCCUAACUAUGUUCUGCUACAUUCCCUCAUGGAGAAUA